UCCUUUUGAAUACUUUUCCAACCGGAGUUUACCUUUUUAAUCUAUUUUAUUUUUUCUUUUCCGUUUGAAUUCCCGAUUCCUUUUUUUGCAAUCGUCUUUUUAUGUUCUACUUUUGCAAUUAUUUCAUUCCGUCGCCACAUUUUUUAUCUCGCAAUUGGCGCGUGUUUUUUUUCCUGGUUUUUUUUUUCAUUGUCCAAGUUCAUACUUGUUUAUAACCAAUUUUUUUUCACUCAAACUUUUUGCUGUUUUCCGUCAUGAGUCACAAUCGAAUUUUACCGAGCGCUCGAACAAAGAGGCGUCGGAUUCAGAAAGAUUUACAACAACUUCGUUUAAGUCUACGUAAUGCUGAGGAUAUUGAAGUAAUAAGGCAGUCGUCGGACGAAGAGAAUUUUCCAAAUGCCAACAAUGGCAUUGAUUUUGCUGAGGAAGAAGAGGUUGAAGAUUUUUUCAGUUGUUUCGACGACGAGGUGUUAGGUUCUACCGAAGAUACAUUUUCUAUCGAUAGCGAUGCUUUUCCGGAUUCUUCUGACACUGAAUAUGUUGGUGACUCUGAAUUGAUAGUUGACAGGGACAAUGGUGCACAACCCGAUGAAAGUGAUAACGAUGAGGAAGGCAACGGGUCGCAUAAUUUUCGUCACUUGCUUGCUUUAUGGGCAGUAACAUGGGGGGUUCAUCAAAACGCAAUUGAUGCAUUGCUAGCCAUAUUCCGUUUAUUUCAAUGGGGAUUAGAUUUACCAAAAACUUGCCGAACCCUUUUGAAAACGCCUCGCAAUGCCAAUGUAAAAUCACUUUCUCCCGGCAAGUAUUACCACCAUGGAAUUGUAAAAGGUCUGGAAUCAGUUUUAAACGUUAUGCCGGCUCGUAGUGCUCUUGAUCAUGUCGACAUUUUUGUUAAUAUUGAUGGUCUCCCCAUUUCCAAAAGCAGCGGUGGUCAGUUUUGGCCAAUUUUAGGGAUAAUCACCAAUGCUAAAUGUAGAAAAGUAUUUCUUAUUGGACUUUACCAUGGUGAUGCCAAACCUGAUUCCACAGAAGAAUACCUUACAGACUUUAUUUCGGAAGCUAAGGCUUUAAAUGAAGGUGGUUUUAUUUUUCAUGGCAGGCGCUUAUCUUUCAGAAUAUCCGCAUUCAUAUGCGACGCGCCUGCGCGUUCGUUCAUUUUGAAUACUAAAGGCCACACAGGUUAUUUCGGUUGUGGGAGAUGUAUCCAACAAGGGGAGUUUGAAGGUAGGGUAGUUUUCUUGGAAAGAAAUUCGACUCUAAGAACUGAUUAUUCCUUUAGAAAUCGCGUUUAUCAGGAGCAUCACCAUGGUGAUAGUAUUCUUGAGAACCUAGACUACCUUGAUGUGGCGAGGGAUUUCCCAGGUGAUCCAAUGCAUUUAAUUGAUUUGGGGGUGACGAGAAAGCUUUUAUUGACGUGGAUUAGAGGUCCCCUCCCAAGAAGACUUCAUAAAACUUUAAUAGACUCCAUGAGCUUCCGCUUACAAACUUUAAGCGAAUUCAUUCAAAAAGAAUUCGCACGGCGUACGAGAUCAUUAAAGUUUGUUGAUCGCUUCAAGGCUACAGAAUUUGGGUUAUUUAAUAGCUGUGUUGGUCCUGUGGUUCUUUUGGGGAUUUUGCCUAAUCGAUUGUAUAAUAACUUUAUCGUUUUUCAUGUUGCCGUGCGAAUUCUUUCAUCAUUCGCGUAUUGCAUAACGCACAAUGAUUAUGCAAGGCAAUUAUUAGAUUUAUUUGUUAGAGAAUGUGAAUCAAUUUAUGGCACAUACUUCUUGUCCUUCAAUGUCCAUAAUUUGAUUCACACUUGUGACGAUGUUUUGCGUUUUGGUGCUUUGCCAAACUAUUCAGCCUAUCCUUUCGAAAAUUAUCUUUUUUCUUUAAAGAAUCUUUUGCGCAAGUCAAAUCAAGCAUUACAACAAGUGGUUAAACGUAUACUGGAAAUAGGGCAAUUCCAGAAUGCGUGUUCCAAUGCAAAAUCAUCAGAUACUGGACGUUUUUUAAAACCACACGAUAGUGGCCCUUUGAUUCCCCCCCUCAUCCAUUCCAAGCAAUUUAAAGAAAUGCAAUUGGGUCCCUGGUUUCUAAGUUGUAAGGGACCUGAUCAUUGUGUUUAUCUUCUUGAUUCUUGUAUUGUUUUGAUUGAAAAUAUCAUUCGAGGCAAGAAUGGUGAUUUUAUUAUUGGCAGGCGUUUUCAAGUAAAACGUUCCCUCUUCUCUUAUCCUCUACCGUCGUCGUCGUACGAAAUAUAUAGGGUAGGGGCUAUAUCAGAAUUAGUUGAAGCGUGGGCAGUGACUGAAAUUAAAUGCAAGGCUGUCAUGUUGCCAAUUUUUUCGGGAAACGCUUGCGCAGUGGACGGUACGUUUGCGGUGUUUCCUCUUUUGAUGGAGGCACACACUUAGGGAAUGAAACAAUUGGGGGAAGGGGGGAGGAAUGAAUUUUAAUCAUAUUUUACUUUACUUUUUUUUAGUCUGAACUUUUUUUUUAAACUUUUUUAUGGCGAACACUUUUCUAUUAGACCGCUGUAACAAUGCAUUUCAACUGGGAGUAAAAUAAAUGUGCGAUGUUACAAAACAUAGGGUGAUACUAUGAACUGGGACGGACGACGAUCCGUGGGUGCAAGCAGUUCCUAUUUCAUGGUACGACGAUGGAUUCUGCUGGUGGCCUCCUAAGUCCAAGUGUAAGGAUGUGUCCCGCUUUAUAAACUUAGGUUACGAACCUAAC